AUGAAGCUGAGACUCUUUACAACUAGUCAACCAGAUCAUCAGUCAGAUGUUGUUGCUUCCCAAUUACUGUUUAUGACCGACAAGACUGAGAUGAAUCAGGAUCUUAGGACUCUGGUUUCCCGGUUUAUGACUUGGGUACCCGGUCCUCGUGCUUUCCUCGGAUGGAAUAGCAGUUGGGCACCGAAAGGAUUCGACAGCUGA